AUGGAGAGCCAUGGUGAACCUGCACCUGCAGUCGCCUCCCCAAACGGCCUGAGAAAGGUGUUUACAAUGCAGAAUCGAAGCAAGACAGCGCUGGGGAAGGCAGACGCGCCCGAGACGGAUCAGAGGAACAGAAGUUCGACCAUUGAGACGAGGGCGGAGGAGGCGAGGCCGGCAACCAGCAGCGCUGCCUCAAGCCACAGCGAUGCUCCAAGCGGUAUCUCAAAGCUGCUGGCGGGAGCCAGACGGCGGCAUCGCAAGAAGGCCGACUCGUCUACCUCGUCGAACAAGGAUGGUGAGCAGGUCGAGGGCUACGACUGGCAGGCCGGGGAGUCCAAGGCCUCCCUGCCGUCAGUAGAGAUCAAUGGGCAACGCCGCCGGUCCAUGACAAACCCGGAGAGCAGCCAUGUCUCAGACUGCUCGGAAUCAGACAUUCACUCCCGUGGGGAUCCGAUUGCAUCCACACCCGAACUCGGCGUCUACAAAGAUGAAAUCGACAGCAGCGCCGGCGGAGCACGCUCAAACACGGGCUCAGAGGUCAGUCUCGACAGCUUUAAGGGGUCCUCCAGGCGUAAGUCGACCCUAGGGGGUUCGACAGACAGGCCUUCGACAGGCACUCCGACCGGCCGGAAACUGAAGGAGGCGUUCGUUCACCGGAUGACGAACAAGAGUACCGAUACGAGCCCCAACAGGAGUUCUGGAAAUCUAUCCGGCAACAACAACAAUGCAAAAGAUUCCACCGGAUCUGUAAAUGGCGAUUCUUCCGGGAAAACGCUACCACGCCUACAGACUGCACCGCCGCUGCCCCAUCCGAUAAUAACAACAUCGACUUCGCAACCUCAGUAUUCGCUUGAUGCUGGUCGUCAAGGAGCUAAUAAACCUGCCCCGUUGAACGGAAACCCCCAGACUCCUCCAACCUCCAGGAACCCCCCUGACAUAGUCACCACAGUCACACCUCCUACUCCUACCAACCGCCAGUUCAAUUCCCAGCAUUCUCUUCUAGCCGACAUCGUCAACUCCCCGGAAUCUACGCAAAAUGAUACCCAUGAUCCGCCGUCCAACAUUGUUGUUAGCCCUUCAGGCAACAUGAUAUCCCACCGCCGUGUACGGUCAGCUUCUGCCGCCCACCAGCCAAGCAAAUUAUCCAACUCAUCGGUCCCUCCCCUUACGCCAGCUAUGGAAGAUACCAAAUCACAGGGCAAGUCGUCCACCUCUCAAUUUGGAGCUGGUUUCUUCUCGUCCAUGGUCUCUGCGGCACAGAACGCUGCCACCACUCUAAGUAGCAGCUUAAACCCCCAGGCCAAGGGCAAGAGUUCCCAAGAGCAGGCCGAGGGGGAUGCCCAGGCUUCCAGUAACAAAGAGAACUCUGAAACAGCCCCCGAAGGCGAAGAAAAUUCCGCCCCAGAAAACGCCAAAAAGGAGCUGGCAGUCAAUACCCUUGGUACGGGUGACCUCGACUUUAGUCACCUUGGGCUUGAGCAUCUUGAUAAGGCCGCAGGUGAUAAUGAUGGCAGCAAACUGGACGUGGUUGGAAGGCCUCGCGCAAAGACGGCGGUCUCACAGCGUGAUGAGCUUGCUGCACGCAUGGAGGACGUACGGGCUGCUCGAGCUGUCUCGAUGGCCUAUGGGAAUACUCCUGUUACCCCCAUAGUUACUGUUGAUGGCAUUAACGCAGAAAACCAACCUCCAAAUUCUCUAAGCACCGCGGUCAGAGAUAACGCUGGUGAGAACACACCACCUGGAGGUAGUGUUCACAGCGAGACGGCCGAAAGUCUUAAACAGAACGGCAGUCUUAAGAGUCGUCGUGCUCGCAGGGACCGCGGAUCCUCCGCUGCAACAACAAAUACUACAAUUGGUGCCCCCAUAGGAACAAACCUCUCCGCGAGGAAUACAAGUGUUCCCCGUCUCACUGGAUUUGCUGUUGCCAGUAAGAAGCGGAACCGUGACUUUCAUUCACUUUUCCGCAGUGUUCCCGAAGAUGAUUACCUUAUUGAGGAUUACAGCUGUGCACUACAGCGAGAGAUCAUCCUUGCAGGCCGAAUCUACAUCUCCGAAGGCCAUAUCUGCUUUUCAAGCAAUAUUUUAGGAUGGGUAACGACAUUAGUAAUCGCCUUCGACGAAGUCAUUGCCAUAGAAAAGGAGUCCACGGCCAUGGUUUUCCCCAAUGCCAUUGCCAUCCAGUCCUUGCAUGCACGCCAUACCUUCCGCAGUUUGCUCAGUCGAGAUGCAACGUACGACUUGAUGGUUAAUAUCUGGAAAAUCAGUCACCCAACUCUCAAGAGUUCUAUCAACGGAACGCAUAUUGACCAAGGCACUGGUGAUAAAACCGAGAAGACAGAUGAUGUCUUUGACGACAGUGCCUCAGACUUGGACGAUGAUGACGAAGUGUAUGACGAAGAUGAAGAUGGUGCCGAAGUUGCUAAUAACGGGAGCGAAGAUAACAGUGUGGCUGGUAGCGAUGCACCGGACCAGACACAGCGCAUCCUCCGAAAGUCCUCUACAGUCCCAUUGUCUGCCACGGGAGCUCCUCAGACCCCUGGUUCUGGCGAAGAACCGAAAACAGGCGAAAACGGAACCAGCUCAGGUCAGGAUUUCCCAGGUCCCAAGUCCCAUGCGCCAACAGAGUAUAACGACCCUGCUGGACGCUUUGAUAAACUUAUCAAAGACGAAGUCAUUCCCGCUCCGCUAGGGCAGGUAUACUCUCUUAUUUUCGGUGUUCCUUCGGCUGCCUUCAUGGCCAAAUUUUUGGUUGAUUACCAGAAAGUUACCGAUCUUCAAUUCGAAGAUGACAAAAAGGGUCUCACCAACGACACCAAAACCCGGUCCUACAACUAUAUCAAGCCGCUGAACGGAGCAAUUGGCCCAAAGCAAACCAAAUGUAUCAGCUCAGAACAACUCGACUUUCUCGACUUUGAGAAGGCGGUCCUUGUCACUCUUACCACGCAGACGCCAGACGUACCCAGCGGAAAUGUCUUUUCGGUGAAAACUAAGUAUCUCCUUACCUGGGCUCCUGGAAAUGCCACAAGGAUGGUCAUGUCAUGUCUUGUAGAAUGGACUGGUAAGAGUUGGAUCAAAGGCCCAAUCGAAAAAGGCGCUAGUGACGGCCAACUUAGUUUUGGCAACGAUCUAGUCAAAGCGGUCAGAGCUGCAGUUGCCCGCGGUCCUGGGAUUAAAGGCGGGCCAAAGGGCAAAGGACGACGCAUCCGCAUGGCAGCCGAAAUGGCAGUUGCCGCCAAAGACCAAGCUGCUCUCGAAUCCAGCAAAGCCCAGGCUAGUAACAACGGUUUCUUGUCGACCCUCUACGGCCCCUUUGCUCCGGUCGUGGAUAUCAUAAAACCAUUCUGGAGCAGCAAUAUGACUAUCGGUGUUCUCGUGAUACUUCUCAUCACCAUGUGGUUCCGUACUGCCGCCCCCAGUUAUCCAACUUCUAGAGUCGGGCUUUCUUCACGCUCCGCCCCCGAACGGCUGAUUGCAUUAGAGGAGCUAUGGCAACGAGAAGAGAAUGAGCUUUGGGACUGGUUAGAAGAAAGAGUAGGACUUGACGGCCUCUCAUUUCCGGUUGUCGAUACCGCCCAUUCUCGAGAUGACAGGCAGCGGCCCAACCGCCGUGCUGAAAAGGUGUUUGAAGAUCGUCUACAUCGCGAGAGGAUGUCAGAGCGCGAGGCCGAAAGUGCCAUUCGAGUUACACAAGAACGUCUCGAGACUCUACAGAAAAUCGUCGAAAAGCGGAAACAAAACCGCCAGGCCUCAUUAGAAGAGACAGAACCUCCUUCAACAUGA